UUUGACUUAGUUUCCACUCAACACUCUUGGCACUGUCCAAAACAUCACCAGAGUUUACCCCAUACAACAAUCAUCCCAUAUUUUGUAAUAGUUUAAUAAAUCAGUCGACGAAACAUGGCGCCACGUAAUAAGGAACAGGAAAGUGAGGUCCUCACCUGGAUCGAGGCAGUAUUGGGAGAAAAAUUACCCAAGGGCGAAUAUGAAGACAUCCUGAGGGAUGGAGUUGUUCUGUGUAAUGUCAUCAAUAAAAUUGCCCCUGGAUCAGUGAAGAAAAUCCAGACGAAAGGAACUAAUUUCCAACUUAUGGAAAACGUCCAGAGGUUCCAAGCUGCCAUCAAGGCCUACGGAGUCCCCCAGGAGGAAAUUUUCCAAACUGCUGACCUUUUCGAGAGACGCAACAUCCCUCAAGUGACCUUGUGCCUCUACGCUCUCGGCAGAAUCACACAGAAGCAUCCUGAAUACACAGGACCCCGCCUGGGCCCCAAGAUGGCGGACAAGAACGAGAGGAACUUCACUGAGGAGCAACUGAGGGCUCAUGAAGGAGAACUGAACCUCCAGAUGGGUUACAACAAGGGUGCCAGCCAGUCUGGCCACGGCGGCUUCGGCAACACAAGACACAUGUGAAGACACUCCCAUCGCCAUCAACAUAACACUAAGAUCAUUGCAUGGAGAGAAAUUCUCUAGGAAAAUUGUAGUGCUGGCACACGGAGAGAAAUAUUAUAUUCAAUAAAAAUUACG